AUGGUUAUUACGUUCUUGAAUGCCUUGUUGAUCAAAUUCAAGACGGGAAAUAACAUUCCUUUGGAAAACAUUAGCCAUUUACUGGCUGGAGAACAAGAGAUAGAACAAGUACCCAACAAUCAGACUCUUCGAGACAUUGAACGUUCUGAUGAAACUGUUUCUGACAACUCUUGGAAACUUUCAGCCGCAGCAAUUCAUCAUGCAAUGACCAUAUACUUGACUGAAGGCAACGAAGCAGCUGCCUGUAUCAUGUACAGAUCGGCCUCAGAAAUUGUUUGUAGUCUCCUCAGGGCUGCUUUUAAACUUUUCCAUGAUCAAGGAGAGAGUGUUCCAUUGAGAAAUAAUCUUAAAAAGUCGCAAAAGAAGAAUUUGAUUAAAAACCUUGAGCUACAUGCUUCUUUUAGAAAUAUUUAUCUCAAUAGAUUUGUAGGAUCAUGGGGAGCCAAGUAUAUGCUUUCUCAAAAGUAG